AUGUCGGAUCCCCUGGCGAACAACCACCUGUGUGGCCCGCCCAAUCCCUACCAUGCUGUUCUCGAGGCCCUCCGGCAAGGAGGCGACGACAAGCUCUUUGAUGAUAGUGAAGAACCGGCGGGGGAGGCGCCCAAUGAACAAGACGACCAAGCAAAAUCCGCCCACUCUCGACGACGGGAACAGGUCAGGCGGGCGCAGCGGAACUAUCGCGAGAGGAAGGAGAAGUACAUAAAGUCCCUUGAACAGGAGCUUCUCCGUCUUCGCGAUGAAACAACAUCUGUUCAAACCGAGACCUAUCAGGUAGUCGAGGAAAAUAGCAUCCUCAGGGACAUCAUGCUUGACCAUGGGAUACCAUAUCCUGGAUUGGAAAAGCUGUGGAUGUCCCAUAACCCCAUGGCCACUGUUUCCGUUAUCGGUAGCCCGGGUUAUGGACAACGGCUUCAGGUGUCGAUGAAUGAUGAUCCUGCUCACCCGUUGGCGGUGUUUCCGCGCGGAUUUGGCGUCCCCGAUGGGCCGGAUGGGAUACACCCAAUAGUUUCGGUGGUCGUUGAUAGGACCUCUCCAACUCCCCCCGAAAUCAUCCAACAAUAUCUAUCACCACCCGCCGAAUUCAAUUCGAGGACCUCUCCUCAGCCUGCCCAGGUACUUACUCAUCCAUACGGCCUUGAUGCGACCCAAGUCGGGGUAGAUUUCGUGCUAUUCAUGGAACGAUGUUGCCUAUACCACGUCCACGUUCCCGACUACUUCGAAGAAGCAACCGGCCACGCAAUGACCGUACUAGCACCCAUGCUCACCGGAGCCCCUCCCCUUCUAAAUGACUACACCUCGUGGCAGAUUCCUGCAAAAGAACUUGAUCGACUAUUCAACCUCUCUUCGUCCCUGCGGCUAGAUGGCGAGCUCACGCCGGUCCAGAUCUGGAUGCGGGUUAAGCAGCAUCAGCACUUCCAUAAGCUCAAGCCGGAACAUGUGCGCAAAUUGGGCAAAGAUUUGAUAGGUAAUGUGCGGUGUUAUGGAUUUGGUGCAGUUAUAGAAGAGAAGAUUGUCGCAAGGGUUAUGAAUGAACUAUUUGACUCUCUUUAA